UAAAGGUGCCCUGUCUAGUGUGGUUUACUACCAUGUACGAUGUGUAGGUAUUCAUUUUCAUCAUCCUACAAACGUUCAGUCCUUGGAACAGAUCUUAAGUCUAAAUCCUGAGUCUUAUCCAAUUCUUCAGUUCAUGAUAUAUCCCAUCUAAAGCUAUCAACCUAAGUUAUGUCAUCCAAUGCAGAAUCAGACUUGGAGAAAGCAUCCGCUCCAGUCGCAGUUAACGACGUUCCAGCGACGGACAACGUCAUUGAUUGGGAUUUGAAUGACCCUUCCAAUCCGCACGACUGGACAAGCGGAAAGAAAUGGCGACAUAUCGUUCUAGUGUCGCUGCUGGCGUUAGUAACGAAUAUGGGCCCAACCACUUGCGCUGCCGGCAUUAGCCAAAUUGUCCAAGAAUUCGGUAUCACGUCGGAUACUUUAAGCACCUUAGCUAUCACCAUCUAUGUCCUUGGCUUAGCUUUGGGCCCUAUGUUCAUCUCACCACUCAGUGAGGUGUACGGGCGCUUACCGGUAUACCAUGGAGCUGUCAUCGGAUUCAUAGCUUUCCUCCUUGGUACGGCUCUAAGCCAAUCAACUACGCAGUUCAUGGUAUUCCGAUUCUUCUCUGGAGCAAUGGGCGGUGUUCCAAUGGCCCUUGGUGGCGGUACAAUCGCCGAUCUCACCGCGCCUGCGGAGAGGGCCACAGCGAUGGCUUUAUUUAGCUUAGGGCCUCUUACAGGACCUGUUCUCGGCCCUUUGCUUGGUGGCUUCAUUGCAGGCGGCGCAGGGUGGCGAUGGACUUUCUGGUUUCUCGUCAUCCUCGGUGGCACCGUUGAAAUCGCCUGUAUUAUAUUCAUGCGUGAAACUCACCCAAAGAUCAUCCUCGAGCGCAAGGUUGACCGCCUCAGAGUUGCGACAGGUAAUCUUAAGUUAGAGUCGAAGCUCACCCGGACCAACGUCACACCCCAACAGGUCCUCAUCCAGGCCCUCGUGCGUCCUACAAUGCUCUUGUUCCGCUCUCCUAUUCUACUUGUUAUCUCCCUGUAUGUUGCAGUGGUGUUCGGCACCUUGUAUUUGCUGUUUACUACAUUCGUUCCUGUAUUUGAGGGACAGUAUGGAUUCACCACAACCGUUUCCGGAUUGACCUACCUUGGGCUUGGCGUCGCUCUUCUUGCGGCUAUGGCUACAUUCACUCUAGUGAGUAAUCGCAUCCAAGCUUCCCGCAUGAAGAAAGAGGGCAUACAGCAGCCCCGACCGGAGUAUCGCCUGCUCCUUAUGAUAGCCUUCAGUCCCCUUGUGGGCCUUGGCUUAUUUCUCUACGGAUGGACAACCGAAUACAAGGUACAUUGGAUCGUACCUAUUAUCGGCACCUUUAUCACCGGCUUCGGUGCUUAUUUCGUACUUAUGCCUGCGCAGCUCUACCUUAUUGACCUGUUUGGGUCCGCGGGAGCUGCGUCAGCCUUAGGCGCAAACAAUCUUUUGAGAAGCAUGGCUAGUACAUUUCUACCAUUAGCUGGGCCUCCAAUGUACGACAGGCUUGGAUAUGGAUGGGGCAACACGCUCUUGGGUUUCCUUGCGCUGGCUUUUGUCCCGGGACCGAUCUUGUUCUACAAGUUCGGUGAGAGGCUCCGAGCAAAGACUCAAGUCAAGAUGUAAUUUAAUAGAGUAAUUGGGCAUUUGAGGCAAUUGAAUAGCAGAACGGUUUACAGGGUUUCCAACAAGCAUUAGACAGCGAUAAUAUGACAGGGAAAUAGAAUGAGCAGGGAUAUUAUAGCAUGGUAGAUUUUAAGGGGUUAGUUAGUAAGAGUCAACAAGAUCAUGGUCAUAACUCUA